GUAAGGUCAGCCAUUAGAAGAGAAGGUUUGGGAUUCAGGAUUUCUAGCAGGAAAUUCUUCAUUCCACUCUUGCACUGAAUCUAGCUCUGCCGGCUGCCCACCGUCCAGACUGUCCGCUGUGGUUCCAAGGCUGUUACCCGCCACCGUCGUGUGAUGCACUAUGAGAGGCAGAAACUGAUGGCUGUGACUGAGUAUAUCCCCCCCAAACCUGCUGUCAAUCCUAGAUGCCUGACACCUCCUUCCAGGCCUUCCCAGGAGGAGACAGGCCUCAUCCGGCUCCUCCGUCGGGAGAUAGCAGCAGUUUUCCGAGACAACCGAAUGAUAGCUAUCUGCCAGAAUGUGGCUCUGAGUGCGGAGGACAAGCUUCUUAUGCGACACCGGCUGCGGAAACACAAUAUCUUGAUGAAAGUCUUCCCCAACCAGGUCCUGAAGCCCUUUCUAGAGGAUUCCAAGUACAAAAAAUUGCUGCCCCUUUUUGUGGGGCACAACCUGCUGCUGGUCAGUGAAGAGCCCAAGGUCAAGGAGAUGGUGCGAAUCUUGAAGGGUGUGCCUUUCCUGCCGCUGUUAGGUGGCUGCAUUGAUGACACCAUCCUCAGCAGGCAAGGCUUCAUCAACUACUCCAAGCUUCCCAGCCUGGCCCUGGCGCAGGGGGAGCUGGUAGGAGCGCUCACCCUCCUCAUGGCCCAGACCCACUCCCUGCUUCAGCACCAGCCCCUCCAACUGACUGCCCUGUUGGAUCAGUAUGUCAGACAGCAAGAUGAGGGGCACUCAGUUUUGCCAGCCAGUGGGCAGCCCAAUCCUCCUGACCCUGUUUUGGACUCAUAAUCAGCCCGUUGUACCCAGCCUGCCCAUAAAUGCACCCUGCCACCUGGGCUGUGCUAUCCUUCUGGAGAUGUGGAAGAACUUGGCGGGGGGUUGACAUGUGUCGCCUGGCUUCUGCUGACAAUGACCUCAGAUGAAGCACGAGUUUAUUUCAGAAUGGAGGCUUUUAAUCACUGUCUUUGCCCUUAAUUUUUCCAACUUGGGACGUGACAAGAGCAGAGUCUCAUCUCUCCAGGUUCAAGGCAGAGAAGCUGAACAUUUAAGGGUAUUGCCCUCGGCCUUGUGUUCACUGUCCUUUGCACAUGCCUUCCCAGCCUGUCGCCUUGUCAGAAUAGCUUAACUGCACAACUGUGUGAAGAUUGGCUUCUGUUGAGAGCCUGUUGUGCCAGAUUGCACGCUAACCACUUUCUAGGUAUUAGUUCUUUUAUUUCUCAGCAGAGAAAUCAAAGAGCCUGGCCCAAGGUCGUGCAGUUGGUAAGUGGCAGGACAGGGACUUGAACCAGGCUCUCUUUGCUCUGAAGACCAUGCUCUGGAUUUCUGCACUAGAAUGUCUUCAUUAAGGGCCCAGGUGGGCUUGGAUGUUAAUUCUCCACCCUUGGGAUGUGCCAUGUUGUGGAAAGGUUGGGAAUACAGCUUUAUGAUGAAA